AACUAUUAAUGAAAAACAAAGGGUUAUACAUUAAACUAGGACAGGCUAUUGCUAACCAAGGUACUUUGUUUCCACGAGCUUAUCAAGUCAGAUUUCCCAAGCUAUAUGAUGACGCCAGUUUUGAUGAGUGGUAUAGAAUUGACAAUGUGUUGAAGACAAGUUUAGGUGAGGAUUAUCAAGACCGAUACUUUGAAUCGAUUGAAACAACUCCCUGUGCCAGUGCUUCCAUUGCUCAAGUACACCGUGGGGUAUUGAAACCAGAAUGGGGCGGUGCAAAGGUGGCAAUUAAAGUUCAACAUGACUAUAUUGACAAGCAAAUAGUGGUUGAUUUAAUGGUGUAUCGUCUCAUGUCUCGAGUUUAUCAACAAUUAUUUGAUAUUCCGAUGACUAUGUUUACUAAAUAUGUGUCUGAGCAAAUGAUUACCGAAACUGAUUUCAUCCACGAAAUGGGCAAUUCCAAAAGAUUAGAAGAAUUCAUUGCCAAUGACAAACAAUUGAAUGUGAAUGUGUAUGUUCCUAAAACGUAUCCGGAAAUCACCACCCGUAAAGUGUUAGUUGCUGAAUGGAUUGACGGUAUUUCAUUGACUUCUAAAGAGAAACUAUUACAAGAAAACUACAAUUUAACAACAAUUAUGAAGCAGUACCUUAAAUUAUUUGGGCGGCAAAUCUUUGAAUAUGGGUUUAUUCAUUCAGAUCCACAUCCCGGUAAUCUUUUGGCAAGAUUUGACGAAAAGGGGAAACAACAAUUGGUAAUUCUAGAUCAUGGAUUGUACAUCACCUUAUCCAACGAGUUUAGACUACAAUAUUGCAAUUUAUGGAGAUAUAUAUUCCUGUUGAACAAUCAAGGAAUUGAACAAAUUGGGAAAAGUUGGGGGAUAAACUCAGUAGAAGUAUUUGCUACACUUGUUCAAUUAAAACCAGUUCUUAUCAAACCAGAACUGGCAGCAGAAGCUCGUCAAGAUACUCGAGAUGCGUACGAUUUACUUCGAGAUUUCAUUGGCGAUGAAGGUAAAUUCCCUGGGGAAUUGCCAUUUCUUUCAAGGACUAUGAGAAUGAUCCAAAAUUUAAAUCAAACGUUUGGUAGUCCUGUAAAUAGAAUUAACUUGCUAACCAAGGAACUGGUUAAUGCUUUACUUGAUGAGAAAUUGACAUUCCUGGACUUUUGGGAUGUUUUAAAGAUUAAGUUGACUUUGUCAUUGUCAGGAUUUGUGUUUUAUAUGAUUCGAUUCAGACAAUGGUUAUAUGGGGAUAGGUUUGGUGAAGGGCGAGGAUUUGAAGAUUAUGUUGAAAUUUAUAUGCAAAAUACUGCCAAAUCGUUAGGAUUAGAGUGGAUCUAGACUUGUACAUACUACCAUUACUACUACUAAUACAUUAGAUAUUUCACCAUAAAUGGC